UACUGCUCAGACAAGUAGCAUCUACAUAUGCACUGGCGCCCUCGUGCUAGAGUUGUGGAGAGCAAAAUUCGCAGCAACGUUAUACCUGGUGUAAGGACCAGCUUUCCUAUUUUAUAUUACCGUCCCUAGCGCCACUACAUAUCCGUGAUUACAAAACUACUUAAUUCCACAAGAGUUCGAAAUGGCCAUGGGAUGGGGUGCCGUUGGCGGUGGCGCAUGGGGACCGCCGCCUCAAAGGCAGUACGAGGAUGAUGCUAACCAGUUUCCGCAAGCACCGCCAUCGCCCAAGGGUGCUUAUGGUGCAAGCACGUUCUCGGCAACAGCAGCUCCACGGCAGGAGCUCGCAACAACGAGUCAGCGAAGUCAGCCUAGCAAUAAUGGAGGAUUCGGUUCAGCAGCUGGAGCCUAUGGACAGGCUACUGCGGGCGGUCAGCAAUCCUUCGGUGUGGGAAGCUCCACGCAGGCUAAUACUUCCACGCUCAACCGCAAGGAGGCAGAGCUGGCAGCGAAGGAGAAGCAGCUGAAAGAGCUGGAGGCAAAGCUUUCUGAGCAAAACAAGAAGAAUUGGCCAAUUUGUUACCCCAUUUUGUAUCACGACAUCAGCGCGGAGAUUCCACCGAAAGGACGCCGCGUUGUCCGAGAGGGUUACAUGGCGUGGUGGGGCCUAGUGAUCUGCCUCAUCUGGAACUGGUUCUGCACCUGCGUCAUGCUUGGACAGAACGUCAACCAAAAAGUGCCUAGCUGGUUCCUAGCACUGGUGUACCUAAUCACCGGUGUGCCCCUAAGUUGGUGGCUGUGGUACAAGCGCCUGUACAACGGCGCCAAGGCCGAUUCCGCGUUCAGCUUCAUCUGGUUCUUCAUUUGGUUUGCGGUCCACACGGCUUUCUGCACCUGGGCAGCCAUUGCGUUUCCCUUCAGCGCGAACCAGUGGUCUUUUGCCGGUUUUAUCACCGCUCUGAAUGCGCUGGACAAGAAUUACUUUGCGGGCGUUGUCUACCUGGUCGGGGCGGGCUGCUGGACCGUGCUGGCGGCGUGGUCGUGCUGGGUCAUCGUGGACGUGUUUUUGCAUUUCCGCGGCAAGGGCGGCAUUAGGGAGAAUCGGGAAGAGAAGCAGAAGGAGGAGGCCUUGGCUGCGUUCCGGCAAGGCGGCGUGGUCAACCAGGUGUAGCCUGCAUUUGGCUGCACGGGUAAAGGGUCGGGGGCACCUUCGCUGCUUUCCCCCGUUCCGUUCGAUCCACGUCAAGGUCCGUCACACAGCUACUUGGUAUAACGGCAUCAGCGCGACAUGUACUUUGAUGUCCUUACCCUGCGACGGAUAGCCCUUUUGGACGUUGACACGGUCGCAUCACCUCUGAACCUGGAACGCACCUCCUCACAAUGCAUUCCGGCAAGAGAGCACGCUGAAGCACGGCACGGCAUGACGUGGAACAGACCUGACCGCAAUUUGGAGCACCUGGCCUGCGAUUCCUGAUGAUUGACGUGCGCCGUCCUGGAGCUGAUGCUCGGUCGCUCGCAUUUGUCGCUUUGGCGGGUGUCUUGAUUCCGUUGCGGUGCCGGUACGACGGUGUACUGCCAUGGGGCCAGCUGCAGGGCUGCGACUAUUUGGACGGAGGCGGGGACACCUACUUGGGUACUGCAUGAUAGUUUUAGUGAAGUUUGCGCGGCAUGUGGAGGUGGAGAAAUCCUCUAGGCAUGCGCCGGAGUUUCUGCUGCAUUGCGCAUGUCGUGAAACGCGUUGGACUUUAGCGGGAUGUGUGGGUGGGGUCUAGUGAGCAGAUUGCAAUUUGCUUGGUCGCCGUUGACGCGCAUGGCGGUGUGCACCCGCCUGUGCUCGCCAUCCUCUGCAUCAUGGUACAUGGCUGGGAAACUGGUCAAACGAGAGCUAUUACGAGAACAAAACAUCACUGGAAAGGCUACAAAAGGGGGCAUAUAAAUUUAGGGCCAACAUAUGGCGUGGAUUCUAGGCUGCAGCGGAGCACUGAAGGGGUUGAUUCACAUCCUGACCAUAAAAACUGCAUGACACAGGGGGCGCUUGGAGAGGCUAGAGCGCUUGUUUUGGUUUAGACCCCAAGAUUGUUCCAUUAGUAGGGUUUGGAUGUUUCAGUCGACGUGAAUUCGUUUUACAUUUUGAGUUACAUUGAGGUCUGGGGAGGAGCAGGAAUUAUGUGGCCGUCAUAUCUGCUCCCCUUUGAAUGGUGGUGAUUGCCCAUUUGUCAGGUAUCCUUUACCUCAGUCGCUGCGGCGUGGGUAUGGCGGGGCUUGCAGCAAAGCAUGUUUAUUUUGCGGCCUGUAGUAUAAGAUCAAGUUCGGGGCCUGCCAUGCCAUGUCUUGGGGAAAAGUAACAUGUAAAGAAUAUCGCUG